AUGCCUAAAACUUUAACUCUCUGGUUUCUUUUCUUCGUCUUUUCCUUCUUUCUUGCCGCUUCUACGGGCUCUACUGCUGCUACUCAAACCAAAGUUACUGAUAACCCAGCGGACAAGUUAGUUGCUGCGAUUAACGAAAACAGAACUGCACACAAGGAUUCAUCUCUAUAUGACAAUCCCGGGCUUGCAUGUCUCGCUCUACAAUACAUUAAGGCAUACCAGGGUGAUUGUGGUGCUGUUGGUGGACCUGAUGCCAAGAAGCCUCCAGAGUCUCAAUUUGUUGAAGUCUUUGCUCCAACCUGUGGUGUUAAGGCAACAACUCUUGCCCCUAUAACCGGCCGUUUCUUGGGGUGCCAGACUAAAUAUGUCCAUGCACCGGAGGCAUUUUCAGAAAUCUUGAUAAGAAACCAGAAAAGCUUAGACCUGCUAUACAGUAAGAACCACACUCAGGUGGGUGCUGCUGUUACAGGUACAGAUGGAGGGUCUCCUUAUUUCUGGUGUGUGUUGUUUGGCAAUGGAAAACCUAAUAGCACCUUUGCUUUUGAGGGUGGUGUGGCUAAAGCAACAAAACCAGGUUGCUAUAGUGGAGCUAAUGAUGAAUGUAGUGGUGCUCAUGAUUGGUCACCAAUCAAUGUGAUGUGGCUAUUUGCUGCCUCAGUUUCAAUUGCAAUGGGUUUUGCAUUUCCAUUAUGA